AUUGUCUUGUAUAUGGAUUUUGAGAGAAAUCUAUCGUAGCAUUCAAUUCGGAAUUCAUAUAUUUCUUAUUGCUAAAAAAUCAGAUGGGAUUAUGGUGACUAUCUUUUUUCCAGUCCUAUUAUUCAACGGUUAUCUCAAUGAUAUAGGCUACCAUACAGGUUUUCCUUUUCUAUUCAAAUCCGAGGACACUAUUUUUGCCCUCCCUUUGAAACUGGCAAGAAUGCAGUUUUAUUGUUCUAUAUAAUGUUUCUCAUAUUGUUCCAUGUGAUGGUAAGCUUAACAUUGAUUGUGUUUGUCCCUUUGCGUGUUUCACCUGAUGCAGUUUAAUUAUCUUGAGUGGUUUGUGUUCCCAGUGUUAAUUUCUUUGCCAUUUCCAGGUAAAAGGAACUAUCGAAAUGGUGACUUGAGGGAUAAGCUUGACAGAAGGCUAUCUCCUGAGCGAAGACAUUCUCCAAGAAGAGACGCGAGAGACCAACAGACAUUGCGGGGAUAUAGCCCUUUGAGGUCCAUUGACAAAAAGAGAAAUCAGAAGAAGAAAUAACGUUUGGACAGACAAAAUGAUUUUUCUGAAAAAUUAAAAAUUUUAAAUGAGAUUGAAGAUCGGUUAUAGAUGGGAGAAACAUAUCUUCUACUUCCAAAAGUAUUCUUGAGGAUCAGGUUUGAAUAUUUUGGCUUAUUAUCAUUUGUAACAUCUAAUGUUU